AUGACAAUCUCUUCGCAAGCAUCGUAUGCGACGCUGCAAUUGACUUUAGCAAGUUACUACCAGGACCAGUACCAAGAGGGCGAGGGAAUCUUUGCGUUCUAUAUGGAAUUGCAAGAAUCAUUCAAUAUACUCACCCCAAUAUAUUCUGUGACAAGUGACGAGAGCGAGGACGAGUGGCAUAGUUGCAUAGAAGACACGUCCCUUCAUUUCAAUAACGACCCAGAGCCCUGCUCACUCGAAAUAUCAGCACCUGAGCCUGGAUUACCUUCACUCCUGCUCCAGAGUGAACCAAAAUUGCGUCCCACCAGAUUAGACGAAGGCCAAGAAAGCAAACUGAGCUCGACGUCGGAGACCAUCUUGGAACAAAACAGCUCGCGCCUGAAUGCUAAAGAGGAGCAUAUAUCAUUCUCCAUGCCCCACCGUGCGCGGCUUCGUCCAGAAGAAGCAUGGAUUCAGCCUGCGGCGUUGGUGCAGAUAGACAUUGACGAAGCACAACAGGAGCAGGAUGGCGCAAUAGGAACCUCUCCAGACGUGGACGUCAAACCGUGCGCAGAUGUCGGUGAUCUGUUCGUGUCUGAAAACCCAGGACGAGAACCAAGGAAAGUACCCCUUUGGCUAGUCUGUGUCAAUUUGCAGGCUCUUUGUUGGAGACACAAUAUGCAGAUGGCCCUACCAGGAGCGAGGGAGACACUUCGGCAAAGAGAUCUCUGCCAUAGCCGCUGGAGCCAGUGACGGAGCGGACGAGGCAAUGGACGAGUAUUUCGACCUCGUCGAAGGAGUCGUGGAUGAGAUCUCAGCGAAGAAAGAAAGAAAGAGAGGGAGAGGGAGAGAGAGAGCGAGAGAGAGUACAUCAGAUACUACCG